AUGGACAAUGAAAUGAAGGCUCUUCAGAAAAAUGAAACUUGGGGUUUGGUAACAUUACUACCAAAUAAGAAAACAGUGGGUUGUAGGUGGGUGUAUAUCAUGAAAUACAAUGCUAAUGGUUCAAUUGAGCAAUAUAAAGCCAGACUAGUGGCCAAAGGCUACAUACAAGUCUAUGCAAUUGAUUACCAAAAAACUUUUUCCCCAAUGGCAAAAAUGAAUACUGUCCGAUUCUUAUUGUCUCUAGCUGCGAUUUUCAGUUGGGAUAUCCAACAGUAUGAUGUAAAAAACGCAUUUUUGCAUGGUGAUCUUAUGGAAGAGAUUUAUAUGAUACUACCACCAGGCUAA